GAGGGAGGGAGGGAGGGGGGGACGGCGGCUCCCGCGGCGGCUCCCGAUGGCUCGUCCGCGGCCCCGAGAAUACAAGGCUGGAGACCUGGUGUUCGCCAAAAUGAAGGGGUACCCGCACUGGCCGGCCCGGAUUGAUGAACUCCCUGAAGGAGCUGUGAAGCCUCCAGCAAAUAAAUACCCCAUCUUCUUUUUUGGGACUCAUGAAACUGCGUUCCUGGGGCCCAAAGACCUUUUCCCAUAUAAAGAAUACAAAGAUAAGUUUGGGAAGUCGAACAAACGAAAAGGAUUUAAUGAAGGCCUGUGGGAAAUAGAAAACAACCCUGGAGUAAAGUUUACUGGAUAUCAGGCAAUUCAGCAACAGAGCUCAUCAGAAACUGAGGGAGAAGGAGGAAAUACAGCAGAUGCCAGCAGUGAGGAGGAAGGUGAUCGGGUAGAAGAGGAUGGAAAAGGCAAAAGAAAGAACGAAAAAGCAGGCUCAAAACGAAAAAAAUCUUACACUUCAAAGAAAUCCUCCAAGCAGUCACGGAAAUCUCCUGGAGAUGAAGAUGAUAAGGACUGCAAAGAGGAAGAAAAUAAGAGCAGCUCUGAUGCUGGGGACGCAGGCAAUGACACAAGAAACACUUCUUCAGAUUUGCAGAAAACCAGUGAAGGGACUUAACCAACACAAUGACUGCUGAAUAUUAAGGGAAAACACGAGAAGGUUACAUGUUUGGUUGUCUAAUAUUCUUGGAUUUGAUAUGAGUCAUCACAUCUGUUCAUUAGUAUCAUCAACAGCAUCCCCGUUUGUAUGCACAUUAUUCACAUUCCUAUCUGUUGUGUUUGCAGAAAUGACAUUUUACCCUUUUUUCUAAGGGUUGCGUUUUGAUUUCCAUAUUAUUUGGUUGCAUGAAGUUGCCCUUCCCCAGUGGCUGAGGUUUAUGAAGAUGCCGCAUACUUGAACAUGUUUUAGAUCCCUUUUCUAAACAGAAAAGGCGUGACUCCAAAUUAUAUCAUUCUAUGUCAGCAUUUUGGCAACGAGUCCCUUCCAUACAAAGCUACAGUAUUUUCCACCCACAGACAUUAAUUCAAUGCCCCCCUGUUCGUUCUUUCUUGGGUUUUGAUCAGUUUACAACAUGAAAGAAACAAACCUUUUUUUCCGUAGAAAUCACCGCCAAGUUCAAUAAUGUAAUACAGAACCUUUCCUUCCUAGAAGUACCUAGCUAGUUAUAUCUUAAUACUCCUCCAAAUCAUGAUGUAAUGUACACUAUCUGACUUAGUUCCUAUAUGUGAAGUUAGUGAAAGUCUUUUUGUGUUUCUUUAGAUUAAUACAAGGAUUUUUUCCAAUGCCAACACGAUUUGAGAUCAUUCAUUUGGAUGCUUUCCACUUUUAAGCUUACUGUGAUAUAGAACCCUAUGGGAAACCAAAAGAAAACAUCAAUUUUAAUUAAUGAAAGGCUUAAAAAGGAUGCUGUCAUUCUGGCUUUUUUUCUUUUUCCUUUUGGAAAUAGAACUAGACUAGUAAGUAAGCAUUCCAGAUCCAUUAUUCUGUGUACAUUAUUGUUGCUAUUGUGAUAAUAGAGAUUUUUAUUUAUUUUUAUGCCAGCUUUUCUUGUGAGAACAUAUUUAGUCUGGUUUUAUCAAUCCUUGUUAUGCUUGUCCUUGGAACAUCUUUUGCGUAUUCAAGGUUUGUAGUUGACGAGUUUACUGUAAAAAACUUAAAAACAAACAAACAAACAAAAAAAACAACAAAAACCACAACAAAAAAACAAAAAAUGAAACAAAAAAGAAAACAAAAAAAAUGUAUUGUUUUUACAGAAUAAAUUUAUUGGAAUGUGUAUUGGGAGUAAGGUUUGAGGUUGUAAGCAACUAAGUUAGCGUCAUAUUUGGCUUCAUACGUGUAAUAAUGUGAGGUAUUAAUGUAAGUCAAGUAUUAAAGCAAAACAUUCUGUUAACAUGAGUUGACCAUAAUAGAUACAAGUGCAGGUGAGAUCUUUAUUUUUUCUGUACUUUGCCUUUUCUGGAUAACGGGAGGUUAUUAAAUUCACCUUGAAUGUA